AUGUCCCAAGGCACUCCGCCGGCCGGCCCCGGCGGGCCGGUCGUGUCGGUGGCUAACAUUCGAGGGCUGGGGAGGAAUGAUCCUGGUUUGUUUAAAAUGAGUGGGGAAAUAUUCGGCUGGAAGAACAGAAGAAACGGAAAGGUCUAUCAAUACAAAAGUUCAGAUGUUGCAGAUGCACAGUGGAUACACUGCGGCCCCGACCACUACCAGUUGAAGGUCAUCCUUGGCCCUCAUAGAAACGACAGCAUCGUCAUCUUUGAUGGUUUUCACAAGAAAAACUAUGAAGAUAUCAGACGACAUUUUUCAGAGCAUUUCAAAUUAAAUUUAAAUACAAAAAACAUCGCCCACUGGGGGCGGCACUGGGGAGAGGUUUGCAUGGAGGGAAAUAAUUUAAAGGUAUCAAUGAACGGCUGCCCCGCGUUUGAAGUGAACGCCCAGGACAUAGCGCAGGUCACCACACCAUCGAAGAAUGAUUUAGCUAUUGAGCUUGUUCAGGACGACACAAGAGAUCAAACAGAUGAUAUGCUCCUUGAAAUUCGUCUUUUUCAGCCAAGUGCAGGCGAUGACGAGGCGGAGAGCCUUCUGCAGAGCCUGAAGGAGAAGCUAGUGAAGAAGAGUGGUGUUGCUGAGACAAAGAUGGAGAGUAUUGCGUUAUUGAAUGAUGUGCCUUUGUUAGUACCGAGAGGAAGAUAUGAAAUAGAUAUCGGUAGAAGGGCCCUCAAGUUUCACGGGAAAUCUUAUGAUUACACCAUUCUAUACACCAACAUCAACAGGAUGUUUUUGGUGCCUCGUCCAAAUUCUCCUCACGUGAAUUUUAUUUUAUCUUUAGAUAAUGCGAUGCGUCAAGGGCAAACAUCUUACCCUUUUGUUGUUAUGCAGUUUGAUAGCGAGAAUGUUACUUCUGUUGAAGUUAAUCUAGAGGAAAAUGAACUCAAAGAAAAGGGAUUAGAGAAACAACUCGAAGGGAAGACGUUUGACGUGAUAACUCGCAUUCUUAAAUCGUUGAUCGGGAAAAGUGUAAUUGUUCCUGGAGAUUUCAAGAGCGUCAAAAACCAAUAUGGGAUUACUUGCAGCUACAGAGCACAGAGCGGCCAUCUUUAUCCUCUCAAUCGUUCUUUCUUAUUCAUAGUGAAACCCGUUAUUUUUGUCAGAUUCGAAGAUGUGGUGAGCGUGGAGUUUAGCCGAACGGGUGCGAGCACCACCAACCGUUUCUUCGCUUUCACUGUUUCCUGCCGAGGGGGUGUUGAACACGAGUUUACUUCAAUUGACCGCAACGAGUACACUCCCCUGGUGGAGUUCUUGACGCAGAGGGGAAUUCGCAUUAAGAACGCCGAAAAUUCAAACACGCAGAGAACAGGCGGACUGCAAGAAGAAGAAAUACAAACCGACGAAGAUGACGAUGACUACGGCGGAGAGGAAUCCGAAACAGAUGAAGACUUUGAAGACGAAGAGGACGAUGAGGAAAGCGAGGAGAGCGCUGGGGAAUCGAACGACGAAGAAGGCGAAAAGGCAAAAAAGAGGAAGCACAAACACAAGAAGGAGAAGAAGGAGAAGAAGAAGCACAAAAAGUAG